GUGCAGCGCGGGAACAGUUUGUAGUGCAGUUCGAGUGUGAAGGAAGUUUUUGAACUCACUCACAAAAAACCAACAAAUAUGGAUCCUUCGGAAGUCGAGUUCCUCGCAGAGAAAGAAAUGGUGAAGAUAAUACCAAAUUUCAGCCUCGAUAAGGUCUAUUUAAUCGGGGGAGACCUGGGUCCCUUCAACCCCGGAUUACCUAUUGAUGUUCCUGUGUGGCUGGCUUUAAACCUAAAACAGAGGCAGAAGUGUAGAAUUAUUCCUCCUGAGUGGAUGGAUGUUGAGAAACUGGAGGAGAUGCGAGACCUUGAGAGAAAAGAGGAUAUGUUUACACCUGUUCCCAGUCCUUACUACAUGGAGCUUACCAAGCUGCUGCUAAACCAUGCUUCUGACAACAUUCCCAAAGCAGACGAGAUCCGUACACUAGUCAAAGACAUCUGGGAUACUCGUAUUGCCAAGCUCCGCCUGUCUGCUGACAGUUUCAUCAGUCAGCAGGAGGCUCAUGCCAAGCUGGACAACCUCACUCUGAUGGAGAUCAACACCAUACGAGCGUUCCUUCUUGAUUCUCUCAACUGUAUGUACAAGCUACGCUCCAAUUUGCAGUAAGGGGAGGUUCAUGGACUGUUGAUCUCAAAGGUCAAGCAAGGCCUGCUAUAAAGGUGGAUUUGGCAAGACUGGGAUUCAGCCUAACAUAAAAGACUGUUUUCUCAGAAGGUGAAGAAAAAGUUUUACUCAGCUGUUUAAGAGCUCAUUCUGCUGUCUGGUGAGACUCGUGUGAAUCUGUACAUAUUUAAAGCGUGAAAGCUUUGUUUAUCUAUUGCUUGCAGUAAGUUCAUAUUUAACUGAGUUUAAGCUGCUCAUAGUGGCAGAAAAGUCAUUUGUGAAUGUUUGUCUCAAAAUUUAGGUGUGUGUGUAAGUCAAGGGUAUACAAUUUGAUUUUCCCAACAAGUUAUUUUUUUUAAUCAAUCUUAUUCAGCUUUUUUUUUUUUUUUUUACAUCAUUGUUACUCUGUGAUUGAAAUUGUUUGAAUGAGGUUCUCUCUCAGAAACUGGUUAAACUA